AUGGAGGCCCUGUUAAAUGAGUGGCUAUGGCAGGACCGAUACUGGCUACCUCCUGGUAUACACUGGCAGGACAUGGAUGCGACCAAAGGUCGCUAUCCACUACCCAGAGAUCUCAUCUACUCCUUGCCAGUGGCCUUUGCUUUCAUAGCAUUCAGAUAUGUUUUUGAAAGGGCCGUGGCUGUGCCAUUAGGCAAGCAUUUAGGUGUGAAGGACCGGAUUAGGAUUCGAGCAGCUCCUAUUCCAAAACUGGAGAACUUCUACAAACAGAACACGCAUCAGCCAUCACAAAGUGAAUUGGCAAGCUUGGGAAAGCAUUGUGGACUCUCCCAGUCCAAGAUUCAAAGCUGGUUCAGGCACAGAAGAAACCAGGACCGACCCACCAACACCAAAAAAUUCUGCGAGGCGUCUUGGCGCUUUGUCUUCUAUCUCGCAGCUUUCGUAGCAGGGCUCGGCUGUUUGAUCGAUUCUCCAUGGUUUUGGGAUCACAGGGAGUUUUGGCUGGAUUUUCACAAGCAGGUUGUCAGUGACGCACACAAAUGGUAUUACAUCCUGGAACUUGGCUUCUAUUUAUCUCUACUUCUCUGUGUCUCUGUGGAUGUGAAGAGAAAAGAUUUCAAGGAGCAGGUCAUUCACCACAUUGCUACCAUAUUUCUCAUUGGUUUCUCCUACUGCUGCAACUUUGUGAGAGUUGGCACACUUGUGAUGCUGGUGCAUGACUCGUCUGAUUUCCUGCUUGAGUCGGCCAAGAUGUUUCACUAUGCUGAUUGGACGAAGACGUGCGACUCUCUGUUCGUCGUCUUUUCGCUUGUCUUCCUGGUAACUCGGCUGGUGGUAUUGCCUUGCAGAAUCAUCCACUCAACACUGGUGACAUCACUUGACUUCUUCAAACCCUUCUUUGCUUACUACUUUUUCAAUGCCCUUCUGUUAGUGCUGCAAGCUCUGCACAUCUUUUGGGCCUACCUCAUUCUGCGUAUGAUCUGCAAGUUUAUGUUCAAGGGAAAGGUGGAGCGUGAUGAGCGCAGUGAUGAAGAGAGUGAGGCAGAUGAGGAAGAGGAGCCUGAGGAAGAAGACGAAAGCAGCUGGGAACAAAGAAAGGGCACGAUUAACUCCAAGCUGACAUCACUAGCGAACAACUGCGUGCUUAACAACUUGACCAACCAAAGGAAUCUCAACAGCAGACUACCUAAAGCCAGAUAG